UGUUGAAGAAAGCUUUAAGACUUUAUUUUGGUCAAUAUUUGGUUUAUCAGAAGUUACAUCAGUUGUCCUCAAAUAUGAUCAUAAGUUCAUUGAAAAUAUUGGUUAUGUAUUAUAUGGAAUAUAUAAUGUAACAAUGGUUGUGGUUUUACUCAACAUGCUGAUUGCAAUGAUUAACAGCUCAUACCAAGAAAUAGAGGAUGACAGUGAUGUGGAGUGGAAAUUUGCUCGCUCCAAACUUUGGCUAUCGUACUUUGAUGAUGGAAAAACCCUACCACCCCCAUUCAGCCUUGUACCAAGUCCCAAAUCGUUCUUUUAUUUCUUCAUGAAGAUCAUUAAGUUAUUGAGGUGCAGAAGGAAAAGAUUACAGAAAGACAUGGAAAUGGGAAUAGGUAACUCAAAAUCCAGGCAAAUCAUGAAGAGACUUAUAAAACGUUACGUUUUGAAAGCUCAGGUAGACAAGGAAAAUGAUGAAGUCAAUGAAG